UUCACUCAAUCGGUGUGCGCAGUGGUGUUGCAUUUUCGCCUCAGCUAAGUGAGCUGUGCCAAGCAUCAACAAGGGGAUACGAUGAAGCUUCUUCCUGUCACCGUAGCUCUCCUGGCCCUCUUCCUCGUUGCCUCGUACCAGGAUCUCACCGUGGCUGCAGAUGGUGCCGCGGCUGUUCCUGACAGCGUGUGCGACGGCAAGUGCAAGAAGCGGUGCUCGCAGAAGGUGGCCGGGCGGUGCAUGGGCCUGUGCAAGAUGUGCUGCGGCAGGUGCGCCGGCUGCGUGCCGUCGGGGCCGUUCGCCAGCAAGGACGAGUGCCCCUGCUACAGGGACAUGAAAUCCCCCAAGAGCGGCCGCCCAAAGUGCCCUUAGAUCCACUAGGAACUGGAUGGUGCUUCUCCCCAGCUAGUGAUAGUGACGAGUGCCGUGAGUUGGAGGUAGGGAUUAGCGAGCUUUGUUCUGAAUAAGUAGUGUUAGAUCCGGUCGAGGAGAAGUCCCUUCUCGCAUCCUGUGUCCUGGAACUUCGCAAUUCUUCUGUGUGUUGUUUGGUGCAGAGUCUGCUGACUAUGGUACUCGAAAUGUCAUCGACAUUGCUCUA